GCGAUCUAGGCUGGUAUGUACUUCUAUGUGGAGCGUCAUGUGUACUAAAAAUACCCGAGUGUGGCCAUUAGACUUUCGGUCCCGUAGUUUAGGCAGAAGGGCGGUCCUAUGACAUAGCUGGUCAACCGCGGGCACAUGCGUGCAGUGACAACAUCACCUAUCAAACGUCACCUCCCGUUAUCCAAUCUUACCAUUAGCUAUGGACUCUAAUAUAAGCGUUGACUUUGGACGAUAUCAUCGGAAAAUCAUGCAAAUGAUCUGGGACCCUGAGCCAUCCAACGAUGUGAACAGCGACGAACCUGUUUGGUGUCUGGGCCGCUCUUACAAGCUAGACGACUCCAAGCGUGCGAGCUCCAGAACAGUAGAAAAGGCGACGAGGUCUGUUGGCAGCGACGCACCAGAGGCCGGCGGCGCAUCAGAAGCUGUUCGGGCCUCGUCUUCGACGCAAAGCCCUCCGUCCGUAUCAAAACCGCCUGCAAAUGCGCCAGAGACAUCGCCGGCGGGCGAGGAGCUGCCGCUGGAAAACGGAUGGCCUCCGGGAUUCUUGGAAGACAUGGCUUCAAAGUUCUGGAUGACGUACAGAUCGGGAUUUGAUCCUAUACCCAAGUCCGUUGAUCCGAGGGCGACCUCUGCGCUUUCGUUUACCGUAAGGAUCAAGAGCACGCUCUCAGAUCCUACUGGCUUCUCUUCCGAUAGUGGUUGGGGCUGUAUGAUUCGUUCGGGCCAGAGCCUUCUAGCUACAACUAUUGGGACUCUGCAGUUAGGACGAGACUGGCGACGCGGCAAAAGCCAACAAGAGGAGCGACAGCUCAUCAGCAUGUUUGCCGACGAUCCAAGGGCGCCGUUUUCAAUCCACAACUUCGUACGCCAUGGGGCCACUGCCUGUGGGAAAUUCCCUGGCGAGUGGUUUGGCCCAUCUGCCACUGCUCAGUGCAUUCAGGCCCUCACAAGCUCUUCAGGACUUCCUCUGAAGGUAUACUCGCCGAACGACGGACAGGAUGUUUACGAAGAUGGUUUCAUGAAGAUUGCGAAGCCUGAAGGGCAAUAUUUCCACCCGACCUUGAUCCUCAUACGGACGCGGCUCGGUAUUGACAAAAUCACGCCGAUAUAUUGGGAACCUCUAAUCGCUGCGCUGCAGAUGCCGCAGUCAGUUGGUAUUGCUGGUGGCCGCCCUUCCUCGUCUCAUUACUUCGUGGGCAGCCAAGGUAGCUACCUGUUUUAUCUCGACCCUCAUCACACCAGAAAAGCGAUCCCCUACCACGCCGACGUGACCAAGUACACGGAAGAAGAUAUCGAUUCGUGCCAUACCUCCAGGCUACGCCGACUUGAUGUGAAAGAGAUGGACCCGAGUAUGCUGAUAGGCUUCCUUAUUCGUACUGAGAGUGACUGGUCCGAUUGGAGACAACGUGUAGAAAACGUCCAGGGCAAAUCCAUCAUUCACGUGGCGGACCAUGAGCCUACGCUUUACAGUAGCGAAGGCAGGGAUGGUGCCGUGGAUGAAGUCGAGAUACUGAGUGAUGACGACGAUGACGAUGUGACGACAACAUGAGAGGUAUCAUCGAGAGCCGCUCCUAACAAGGUGUUCCAUCGAAGACGGAUUCAUGUCUUUGAGACUUUCUACAGCAACCGGAAUCUGCUGUCAUGACGCUCUACCCCCUAACGUCGUGUGCUGGCAUACCGGCCGGCAGCGUGAAAUAGAAGCCCUCCCUAAUCUCGCGAAUACGGCAUUUUAGACAAUCGGGUCUUUAUUAUACCUUUUUACCAUUUCCGGCACCGCCAGGCUGGACAGUGGAGGCAGCAUGGCCUAAAUCACGGAUAUGUUUAAAUAGCUUCGUUUUAGAGUCAAACUCAGCUGUGCAGAUAUUGCAUCGAUGCUGUGUCAAGUUGGUUAGCACGCCUUGGGAUUUGCCAAAUUAAUAUGAUAUGAUAAAUACCUCGUUUUCGGUUGCCGCAGCAGCAGCCGCUUUUUUCUGGCGUUUGAGCUUUGCUUUUCCAAUUUUGAUU